AUGGUAAUCAUCGCGUUUCGGAGCUCCAGGAGGGGCCCCUCAUCCCGACCCCUCGUCCCCAGGUUCAGUCUGACGACGCUGGGCUUCCUGUCCACCUUCUGGCUGCUGGUCCACACCCAGUCCACGGUUGUGCUCACCCCCAAAACUUCACCGCAGCAGCAGCAGCAGCAGCAGCAACAACAAAGCAGCAGCACCCCACUCCGAGCAUCCAAUCAGACCUCUGCUACCCCAGUACUGACGCCGUCGUUGGCAUUGGCACGGACAGCAUCAUCGCCAUCUUUAAAGUUACAUACAUCAUCAUCUUCAUCAUUAUUAUCAUCAAAGGUGCAGGCAUCACCAUCAUCGUCAAGGUUACAGCCAUCAACACUGUCCUCAUCAUCUCCGCACCUGGUGUUCUUCAUGGUGGAUGACCAGGGCUACCAGGACGUGGGCUACCACGGGUCAGACAUCCGCACGCCGGUGCUGGACCAGCUGGCAGCCGAGGGGGUGAAGCUGGAGAACUACUACGUGCAGCCCAUAUGCUCCCCCUCACGCUCACAACUCAUGACCGGACGCUACCAGAUCCACACAGGGCUCCAGCACUCCAUCAUCCGCUCCCGCCAGCCCCUCUGCCUGCCGCGCGACGCCCCCACGCUGCCCGAGCGCCUGCAGCAGGCCGGCUAUGCCACCCACAUGGUGGGCAAGUGGCACCUGGGCUUCUGCCGGCCCGAGUGCCUGCCCACGGGCCGGGGGUUCCACAGCUUCCUGGGCUCGCUGACGGGCAGCGGAGACCACUUCACCCACCAGAGCUGCGACGGGGCCGAGGCCUGCGGGUUCGACCUGCACGACGGGGAGAGACCGGCCUGGGAGCUGAGGGGGAACUACUCUACUCAGGUUUACACAGACAGGGUAAAGCAGAUCCUGCGUUCCCACCCGCCGGAUAAGCCUCUGUUCCUGUACGUGGCUCUGCAGGCUCUGCACACCCCGCUGCAGGCCCCGGCCCACCUGCUGCGCCGCUACGCCUCGCUGGGCAACGGGCCGCGCAGCCACUACGCCGCCAUGCUGAGUGGGGUGGACGAGGCCGUGGGGGAGGUGGUGAGGGAGCUGCGCGCCCGGGGGCUCUACCGCAACAGCGUGCUGGUGUACUCCUCAGACAAUGGCGGGCAGCCCCUGUCGGGUGGGUGCAACUGGCCGCUACGGGGGGGCAAAGGCUCGUACUGGGAGGGCGGUGUGCGGGCGGUGGGCUUCGUGCACAGCCCGCUGCUGAAGAGGAGGGGCGCGGUGAGCCGGGCGCUGGUCCACGUGUCGGACUGGUACCCGACGCUGCUCGGUCUGGCAGGGGUGCCCCUCGAGGACAAGCAUCUGGAUGGGCACGACGUGUGGGCCACCAUCAGCGAGGGCAAGCCAUGCCCGCGCACGGAGAUCCUCUUCAACAUCGACCCGGUGUCCAGGCGCAAAGGCGAGCCGGCGCAGCAGAGAGCGCUGAGGACGCGCCGGGGCUUCGGGAUCUGGGACACGGGUGUGCGAGCCGUGCUGAGAGCCGGGGACUGGAAGCUGCUGACGGGGCCCAUGGGGGACGGAGACUGGUUCCCCCCUCCCCCUCCUCCAUCCACGCACCCCCUGCCUGGCGCCCCGCCCCCGCCGCGGCCCCACUGGCAGGGCCUGGAGAAGCGUCGCGACCUGGCUGCCAAGUCCGUCUGGCUCUUCAACGUGACCGCCGACCCCUACGAGAGGUUCGACCUUUCGGACGUACGGCCUGAAGUGGUGCGGAUGCUCAUGGAGCGCAUCGCCGAGUACAACCGCACCGCCGUGCCCCCCCAGAAUCCCCCGGACGACCCGCUGGCCGACCCACAGUUGCACGGCGGGGUGUGGACACCCUGGCUGGGCCGGGAGGGGGCCAACAGCAGCAGCAGCAGCGGCGGGGGUGUCAAACUGGGGGGCGCUUAUAGAGGAGCAGUGGCCGUGAGGCACUGCAAGGUGUGCAGACUCAGGGCCCUCUUCAAGAGGGUGGGCUACCGUAUGCAGCGGGCCUCACUCUUCUUCUAGCAACAAUGACCGCGUGGCAACAGUUUCCGCGGCAACGGUGACCAGAGUCAGUCACCAGGGCAAACGCUCACCAUGGCAACAGUGACUACAGCUUCAUUGGCUAUG